AGCGAGUCUAUAACUGCAGGAGUUGAUCUAUUUCAUCGUCAUCAAAAAAACGAUAUAUCUUUUAAUGAUAAAAGAAAGUUUGACGACAAUCAAUUUGAAAACAGAUUUAAUGAAGACAAAAUUGUUAAAAAGAUUAAAUUAAUCAAAAAUGAAAAUAAUUAUUAUAAUACGCAAGAAUUUGAAUUGGGUUAUAUUAAACAUGAAAUUGAUUUUGAUAUUUAAAUGUCGGUAUUUUUCAAAACUUAUUAGAG